AUGAUUUGUGAUGCAUCGACAAUGGCAGACAACACUGUCAAUCUUGCUGAUUCUAAUCACGUCACUUCAAGGACAUAUCAUCAACUUCCUCAACAGCCCACCGCAAUCGGAAAAACCGGUGAACAAUAUGCACAAAUAGAAGAGCUUGUGCAGAAUUUCUCCCUAGUAUGGGCCGAUAAACACUUAGAUGAGAUAAACGAAGAUUUUCGGAAUUCUAUUACGAAGCUGCAACGAACAAUCGAUCUUACAGAAAAAUUUCAUGAUGUUAAUGAAUGUUUACAAUAUAUUUCAAGUUCGGAAAAUAGAAGAAUUUUUCUAGUCGUAUCUGGUAAAUUAGCCAGCCAUGUCGUACCACUGACACAUGACAAGUCGCAGGUUUACGCAAUGUAUAUAUUUUGCUUCAACAAACUAAAGUAUGAACAUUGGGCAACUGGAGAAUGGCCCAAAGUACGUGGUGUAUUUACAGAUAUUAAAUUAAUAUGCACUGAACUUCGCAAGGUAGCAAGAGAAUGUGAUGAUGAAGAUGUCAAAAUUACUGGUCAACUUGAACCGUCAUUUAUGUAUUCGAUGUUAUUCAAGCAAAUAGUACUUGAAAUUGAUUUCGAUCUGAGGAAAGAUAUUCGAGCUCUUGCCGAACAUGCUCGCAAGCUAUACAAAGAUAAACCAGAACAACGUCAAAUCAUCGAUCAAUUUGUUAAAGAGUAUAACGGUAACGUCGACAACAACCCUGUUCGCUGGUAUUCAGGGGAAUGCUUCACUUACAAGAUGUUAAACAAAGCACUUGGUCGAUUAGAUGUUAGCACCUUACUUGAAACAGGAUUUUUUAUGCGCGACCUACAUCAAAAUGUCGAAGAGCUUUAUGAUAAACAAAUGGAAGAUAAUGAUGCCCAAUUCUCCAAAACAGUUUUCCGUGGCGAAGCUAUGAGACCCAAAGAUUUCCACAUCAAAGUGCAAGAAGACAAAUUCUUGUCCUAUAAUAACUUUUUAUCUACAAGUGAAGAAAGACAUGUUGCAACUGACUUCAUCAAGCGAAAACUGAAAUCUGAUCCAACCAAAAUUGGCGUCUUAUUUAUUAUCGCAAUUGAUCCAUCAGUUAAAUCAGUGCCAUAUGCGCGAAUCGCCGAAUUCAGCGAGUAUCCCGACGAAAAAGAAAUUCUUUUUUCGACACACACAGUAUUUCGGGUCCGACAGAUUCGAGACAUACAAGAAGGUGACCUGAGCAUACGCCAAGUCAACUUGACACUGACUAGUGAACAGAAUGACGAAGAACUUACAAGACUAGCCCAACAUAUACGACGAGAACUCACGGGAACUGGUUGGCAAAAAAUGGGUGUUUUAUUAUGGAAAAUCAAUGAAAACAAAAAGGCAGAAGAAAUAUACAAGUUACUCUUAGAACAGGCUGCUAGUGAUUUCGAUCAAGCGUAUUGUUAUAAUCAACUUGGGAUUAUCCACGAUAGCCAAGGAGACUACAAACAGGCACUGGAUUUCUUUGAAGAAUCAAUCAAAGUAUAUCGAAAAAUUCGAUCACAUGAUCAUCCCGAGUUGGCUACUUCGUACGGUAACAUUGCCUUAGUAUAUAACAACAUGGGUGACUACAAAAAAGCACUUGAAUAUAACGAAAAAGCACUUGCAAUCAGGAAAAUAACUUUACCUGAAAAUCAUCCACAUCUGGCUACUUCGUACAGUCACAUUGGUCAAGUGUAUCGUAGUAUGGAUAAUUAUGAAAAAGCACUUGAAUAUUACGAAAAAGAUCUCGAAAUCACAAAAAAAGUCUUACCUGAAAAUCAUCCACAUCUGGCUAAUUCGUACAGUCAGAUUGGUCACAUAUAUAACCACAUGGGUGAUUACAAAAAAACACUUGAAUAUUACGAAAAAUCACAUGAAAUUUUCAAAAUAGCCUUACCUGAAAAUCAUCCCGGUUUGGCAAACUCUUACUUGAGUUUUGCUGCAUGUUAUGAGAAAUUGGGUGAUUAUCCCGCAGCUCUAAACGCACUGGAAAACACUUUACAAAUUCAGAAGAAGACAUUUGAAGAAAAAAAUGAAGCUUUUGCUUGUACAUAUAUUUGGUUUGGAAGAGUGUAUCGCAACAUGAAAGAGUACUCAGAGGCACUGGAUUACUUUCAGAAGUGUCUCGCAAUAUUACAGAUAACAUCACCUGUAAGACAUCCUAACCUAGGUAUCACAUACAGUGAUAUUGGUGAUGUACAUCGCUUAAUGGGUAAUUAUGCAGAGGCAUUUGCAUUUUAUCAGAAGGCAUUAGAUAUUCAAGAAAAUAUUCAAUGCAGUCCAUUGGGUUGUGCAACAACAUAUACGAAUUUAGGCGAAACAUAUCGUGAAAUGAAAGCUUAUGCAACUGCACUAACUUACUAUCAAAAAGCAUUAGAAAUUCAUAAAAAUAAAAUAACAAAAAAACAUCCUCAUAUUGCUACUUUAUAUCACAAUAUGGCAAAACUGUAUUUGUCUACACAAGAAUAUAACAUGGCAAUGAAAAAUAUUCAACAAGCAUUAAGUAUUGCUCAAGAGAAAUUACCUCAUACUGAUCCUCAUCUUGCUGAUUAUCGAGAAACAUUUGUAAACAUUCAAAAACAUUUGUAA